CCAUUAGCGCCCAUGGUCCUUUUUUUAGGACCAGCAACAUUUUUACCUAUUAUGAAAAUAAACCUUAUCCCCUAAUCAUUUUAUUUUUUCGUACUGAUAAAAUUACUUAUCCUCUCCCUUACAGGCAUGUAAAUAAUUUAUACUUGCAAUCCCUUUUCUUGGAAUAUAAACAAAAAGGACAACAUCUUGGCGGUCAUGGACCGUUCACCAGGGUUUUGUGUGAAAUCCUUUUACUCACUCAGAGGAGCAAUACAACAUAUUGAGGAACAGCCAGUACCAGAUGAAGUGGAAAGCAUUGAGAUUACUCAGGUGCCUCCAGACGUUGAUGGGCUUACAGAUGAAGAAGAUUUAGAUGAUGAAGUCAUAGAUGAUGAUUGUAGAGAUCCCUCGUUGUUACCACCAGAGGUGAGUGGUAAUGUGGAACUACAUCAGUACCCUGAAGGAGAUGAUGUGGAAGACUCACCGCCUAAGAAGAAGACUAAGGUCUCACAAACAGAAAGGGUUGUAUGGAGGAAAGAAAAUCCGACCUACAAUAUAGAAAAUGCCACCAAUGGAGCAGAACAUAAAAGAGAAGAAAUGAAAGAGAAACUUAGAGGGAAAAGUAAUGUAGAAUUGUUUGAACAAUUCUUUACUGAAGAACUUUUGGAAAUGAUUGCCACUCAGUCAAAGUUAUAUGCUUCUCAAAAUAAUGUGCAUGAAUAUAUCAUCACUCCUGACUGCUUACGGGUGUUUUUAGGCAUAUUGCUAUUUACUGGAUACCAUAGGCUACCAAGUGAGCGUCAGUAUUGGAGUUGUGAUGAAGAUCUGGACACAACUAUCAUAAGGAAUGCCAUGCCGAGGAACAGGUACACAGAAAUCAAGAAAUAUCUACAUUUUGUUGAUAAUGAAAAGGCCUCCCAAAACAAGGACGACAAAGCUUUCAAACUAAGACCAAUAUAUGAUUAUCUGAAUGAGAAGUUCAAAUCAUUUGGUAUAUUUUCCAGAGAACUGUCAAUUGAUGAACAGAUUGUGAGGUAUUAUGGAAAGAAUGGCCUGAAACAGUUCAUGAGAGGAAAGCCAAUCCGCUUUGGAUUCAAGCAGUGGAUUAUGUGUUGUGGAAGAACAGGAUACUGCUAUCAAAUGGAUCUCUACCAAGGAAAGAGAAGAAAGAAACUGGAAGCAUGUUCAAAGACACCCUUGGGGGAAAAGUAG